AUGCGGUCCGCCCCAGGCGGCGUCAGGCUAGAAAGGCAAGGCGUCCUGGAAGUUUGGGGUAUUGAGUACGCCGAUGCUGCAGUGCAGUACAUGAGUGCUCCUAUCUUUAGCUACAACGCGUGUCCGUCGGGUGGCUGUGAUGCCGACCGCCCUGCUGUCCCUCGGUCCGAUUUGAUGGGGUGCUGCCAGAUUGCGCCUCCUGCGUGGCGCAACGCAAGUGAUUUGUUGAGACGAGCGAAGACGAGAAGAGAAAGAGAAGAAAACAAGAUGCCGGCUGCACUCCGCAACCCCACAUUUCGCCGUCACCUGAUUCGCACCCGGGCGGUUUCACCCGCCCACAUCCAACGUCAUGCCCCAGACGACUCCGUCUUGGCAGAUCUCAUUUUAAUUCACACCGUCUGGAAAACCAGGAACCUCCUUUCCGCAGGUGGCCUACUGCCCCGGUUUGAGGCCUCUCAGCGUCCCCUCUCGAGCGAUGAAAACUCGUGCGCGUACGACUACGAAGCCGCUCCGCAGGCAGCAACGUAUAACUUCGUACAGAUACUGUACGGUCAUUAUGCACUGAUUGCAGUCACCGCAAGCGCAAUGUGCAAUGUGCACCAACUGCAUACGCAUGCGCUUGGGCAGCUUGGCAAUGAUGCUUCUGACGAGGCAGGCGCUUCGUAG